UCGCGGUGGGGGGUCCACCGUCUGGCCUGUCCAUCCUCGAGGCUUAGAUCGAGCCCUCUCUGCGUCAUGAUCACGCCCGCGUUCGAGUUGAGCCAGGACGCCGAGUCGCUGACGAUCGCCAUCCGCGUGCCUUACUCUCGCGCCUCCGAGUUCGAAGUCUACUACGAGGGGGUCGAUUUCAAGUUCUACGCCAAGCCCUACUUCCUCAGAUUGACCCUUCCUGGAAGAAUAUCAGAAAAUGCAGCAGAAGAUGGUUCAUAUGAUAUGGACAAAGGAAUCUUUACGCUUCGAUUGUCAAAAGAGACUCCUGGCCAGCAUUUUGAGGGGCUGAACAUGCUGACGGCCCUCCUUGCACCCAGGAAAUCCAGAACUGCUAAAUCGCUGGUGGAAGUGUUAGGUUCUUCUGAGAAUUCUGCAGAGCUUAACGAUUAUGAGGAAGAAGAUUUUGAUUGGGAAAUUGAACAGUCUCCUUACGAAGAAUUAACCGAAAACGAUCUGAAUUCACAGUGCUUUUACGGGUUUGGAAACCUGCGUACAGGCGUGUUUAAGAGAUUACAGGAUGAAAUGAGUGACGUGGUGGACAUCCGAGAUCCCGACUCCACGCCCCCGGCCGAGCGCCGACGCCAGCGGCUGGCCGCCGAAGAGCUCAAGUUUGACCCUGACCAUUACUUGGCAGACUAUUUUGAAGAUGUGACUAUUCGACAGAUUUUGAAGUAUAGGCCCUGGUGGACGAUAGCCUUUUCAAAAAUGAUGGACUCGUUAGGAAAGAGUCCGGAGCAGAUUAAUGAAGAAGCAUUUCAGGUUACUUUUUCUGAUGAAGAGAAAUAUCAACUGCUAAAAUUUACAAAUAAAUCUUAUCUGCUGGAUAAAAGAGCUCAACAUUAUGUGUACUAUGGUUUGAUUGACAUUCUUUUGGCUUACUGCUAUGAAAUACGGGCCACUGAAGGCGAGAACAACGUUGAAUCUCCAUGGAAUAUCAGAAAACUAAGUGGAACAUUGUGCUGGUUUGAGAGUUGGAAUAAUGUUCAUGAAAUCCUGGUUUCUUUUGGAAGAAGAGUUUUAUGUUAUCCACUUUAUCGACAUUUCAAGCUGGUGACAAGAGCCCAUAUCGACACAGUAAAGAUAUUGCAUUUAGGAAAAAGUGCUAUUUUGAAGUGUCUCCUGAAUAUCCACAAAAUUUUUCAAGAGAAUGACCCAGCAUAUAUUCUAAACGACCUCUAUAUCUCAGAUUAUUGCAUAUGGAUUCAGAAAGCCAAGUCCAAAAAGUUGUUCAGUCUCGCUGAAACUCUCCAGAGAACCUACCUUGUAAAGGGUCAGCUGGGAUUAGAAAUAGAAGAACUCGAAUCCGCUGCGCUUCUCGUGCAAGGUGAAGAAAAAAUGUUAGAUGUCCUCUGGUCGGCUUCCAGGCUCCCGCUCCCUGGCUUGGAUUCACUCACCAUUGGCUCUUCGGUAUCAGACAGGAUUUCAUCCUCUAAGACGGAGGACUUGAAUGGAGCCCAAGCUAAGCCUAGUGAGUGCAAGGUUGAGAAAAUGAGUCAUGUGGAAGAAAACACUCCCCCGAUGACGAAUUCUUUUGAUUUUUGUACAAAACCAGACAUCCGUACACUUGAUAGAAGUCAAGGAGAGCAGGUCCAUUCUUCCCAGUCUCCUGGGGCUCCUGCACCACUCAUUAUAGAAUUGGAAGAAAAAAUGGAAACUACCUCGGCAUUCUCAACAGCAGGAAACUUUAGCAGUGGAUGAAGGCAGGCUCCCCGAUUAAACACAUAAACACCACUAGAUCAGAUCUCUUACUCUCUCUCGCUGCUGCUGCUGCUAAAUAAAAUCCAUCCCGAGUCCAUCGCUGUGCACUGCCUCUUUUUGUAGCCAUAUUUUGACAUAUUAAUAUAAAAAGUUCUGUAUCCUUGUUUCAAUUUUAAAGAUAAAGUAUUCAAGCAUUAUGACAUCAUGAUGAACUUUUGAAAUGAAAAAGAGAAUUCUAGCAGACUGUAAGCUCCUUGAGGGCAGAAGAUGGUUUUGUUUUUGUAUUUGUAGUCCCCGAGGGCAGAAGAUGGUUUUAUUUUUGUCUUUGUAGUCCCAGUGCACAGUGUGAGUGCCUGGCACGAAGUAGACUUCUAAGUGUUUGUUGAAAUGAAUCUAAAAUAUGAGUAUUUCAAGCACAAAUUCAACAAUAAAGCUUCUGGUGAAACUGA